AGCAGAUAAAGCCCCUGUUCACAGAAGCGAAGAGCCCAGGAUUCCAGCCCUGGCUGGAAUCUGAGGGAGGAGUGGGGAAGCUGCAGGCUCUCAGCCCUGUGCUCCUUGGCCAACAGGUGCCUGCCAUGCGGUCCCGGCUCCUGCUGUCUGUGGCUCCACUGCCCACCAUCCAGGAGACCUCAGAGGAGAUGCCGACCUCCGACCCUGGGCAGGAGCCCCCAGCCUCCCCCAGCCUGGAGGACUACGUGAGGUCCAUCUGCCAGUUGGCACAGCCCACCACCGUGCUGGACAAGGUCAUCCCCUGGGACCGACCCAGCCAACCCCACUGGGCAGCCCUGGUCAGAGAGAGGAGCCUGGCUUCUUCCCCCAAGGAGAGCUCUGCCAGCUUCAGCAGCCUGUGGCCCACACUGCCCUCUGCUGGUGCUGCUGACCCACUGGACUGGCUCUUUGGAGAGUCCCAGGAAAAUCAGAGUGGGACAGACUUGCUCAGGAAGGCAGACCCAUCUGCCAGGCCCUGGAGCUUGCACAGGCAGGUGGACAGCGGCAAGGCCAAGAUGCCAGGGCGGUCUCUGGUGAUGCCAUCACAGCACAGGCACCAGGGCACC